UUGGCUGGGGAGUUUGCGUCAAAAAGUUGCUCUUGCGAUUUGUUCCUCAGCAAAUCUCCCCAAGAGAGGAACGGCUCUCAGCUCGCAGUUUUUCUGCCCGUUUCAUUGGACGAUACACACUUUCCAAAUUCAACCAGGCAACUUCAUCGGGGAAAAGAGAUACACCGACCACGGAUUUCAGGAUAUUCUAGCAUUUUGAUCUGAAUGUGAUUGUAAGGGGAUCGAUUGCUCUCUUUGUGAGUUUGUCCGGUUUAGUCAACACGAUCCGAAAAAGACAACUGAUCCAAAGAAGAAAACCAGUGGAUUACUAGAGACGGCUCUUGAGUUUUUUCACCAUUUUUGUAAAGUUUGUCCUACCGUCGAACUUUAGCAUGAUGUCUUAUCUUAAGCAACCACCUUACACUGUAAAUGGACUGAGCUUAACCACCUCAGGAAUGGACCUACUUCAUCCUUCUGUCGGUUACCCAGCUACACCCCGGAAGCAGCGGCGAGAACGAACCACCUUCACGCGCGCGCAGCUCGACGUCCUGGAAGCUCUGUUUGCCAAGACCCGAUACCCGGAUAUCUUCAUGCGAGAGGAGGUGGCCCUUAAAAUCAACCUGCCCGAGUCCAGAGUACAGGUUUGGUUCAAGAACCGGAGAGCUAAGUGUCGCCAGCAGCAGCAACAGCAGCAGAAUGGUGGUCAAAACAAAGUUAGACCAACCAAGAAAAAGAGCUCCCCGGCCAGAGAGGCAAGCUCAGAGAGUGGAGCGAGUGGUCAGUUCACACCCCCCUCCAGCACCUCAGUCCAGGCCAUUUCCAGCAGCAGUGCACCAGUGUCCAUCUGGAGUCCAGCAUCCAUCUCACCACUUUCAGAUCCUUUGUCUACUUCUUCCUCGUGCAUGCAGAGAUCCUACCCUAUGACAUACACACAGGCUUCAGGAUAUGGCCAAGGCUAUGCCGGAUCUACGCCUUAUUUUGGAGGGAUGGAUUGUGGCUCCUACCUAACUCCCAUGCACCACCAGCUUCCAGGACCAGGGUCUACCUUAAGUCCAAUGAGCACCAAUGCAGUGACCAGUCAUCUCAACCAAUCUCCUGCCUCUCUUUCCGCCCAAGGCUAUGGCGCCUCUAGCCUGGGCUUCAACACUACUACUGAAUGCUUGGAUUACAAGGACCAAGCGACCUCUUGGAAACUGAACUUUAAUGCGGAUUGCUUGGAUUACAAAGAUCAGACCUCAUCAUGGAAAUUCCAGGUUUUGUGAAACAGCAACAAGUAACAUUGUCAUUGAUUUCAAUAAAUUCCUGCCUAGACAAGUGAUCAAACUACACAUUCCCAGUUUGCAAGUUUUUUGGUUUGAGGCACUAUACGUAAACUACGCUAUUUGUGACCCCCACACACACACUUCUCUUUUAUUAAAAGUGAAGGCCUUGCUCCAUGCUUUGUUAAAGCAGUCAGAUUACCCUGUACCGAGAAAAUGUGUCUUCACUCAUAAAGAGGCCCGUUCAGGUGAAUUGGCCUGUGUGUUUAUGUUAGUGGCACCUGUUGGAUAGCUCAACUCUUCGCAGCUUUGAUCAUUGUCAACGUACAAACAAAACUUCAGAAAUACACACUAAGACAAUCCUUGUUUUCAUGUUGGGAAUGGGCAGGGUUCCUCAUUACUUCACCACUUCUCCAUCAAUUGCUUUCAAAGUGAGAGACUUUUUUUAAUUAUUAUUAUUAUUAUAUUAUUAUUAUUAUUAUUAUUGCUAUUAUUAUUAUUAUUAUUAUUAUUAUCAGGGCCGUUUCUGAACUUGUACAAUUGCUGGGCGUCCUAGAUGCACUACUUUAUUUAAAAUGUUUAUAAGGAGUCAAUAUGUAGUUUUUAAGAGACAAUCAGUGUGUGUCUUCUAUCAAUGAUACAUAUGUGUUUUUAUCUGUGCUAGAAUUCAAAACUGUGAACUGUUGUAUUGUAUGCAAUCUGUGAGCUGUACUUUGCACCAGCCGGGAAGUUCUGGUGUAAUUUAUUAGGUUUAUUUUAUUAUUAUUAUUAUUUUUUUUAACAAGAAAUAAAUGGAAAAAACUGCCCAUAUAUCAAAGGGGAUUGGCUUUCGCAGAAGAGUCAAAGUGAAGCAGCACGCAGUACUCAAAUACAGUAUACAACCCACCCGUGUGUUUAUUUCUCGCGAUUAAAUUAGUGUUAUUUAAACUAUGGAUAUUUUCUCAGCCUGAGUAUCAGCUUUAUCCAGACUGAAGAAAACUGGACUAUAGUAAAGGUCAAUUGAUCUGACCAGUGAUUGCAGAGACUAUUUAAUUAAAACUGUUUUGUGUUUGCAGAUGUUAAUAUGAUAUUAAAUAUCCUUAUGCAUAAACGUCACCCUUGAAUUUCGCACGUAUGUAUGACUGCAAUUAAAGUCGCUCUAGCAUCAA